UAUCUCCCUAUCUUUCCAACUCUUUCUCUAAACCAAUCUCUUUCUCUCUCUACAUAUCAAUUUAUAUCAAUAUUUAAGACACGGGUCAUAGAGAAUUGGUAGGGAGUGGGAAUGGAAGUACCUGGGAGGGUGUUUGGCUCUGCAACGCAACCUAGUGCGGAGGAGAUGGACCUCAGAAGAGGCCCUUGGACCGUGGAGGAAGACCUUAAACUCAUCAACUACAUCGCCAUCCACGGUGAGGGCCGUUGGAACACUCUCGCCCGUGGUGCAGGUCUUAAACGGACCGGGAAGAGCUGCAGGCUCCGAUGGCUCAACUAUCUCCGCCCGGAUGUCCGGCGUGGUAACAUUUCUCCUGAAGAGCAGCUGCUAAUCCUCGAGCUUCACUCUCGUUGGGGAAACAGGUGGUCCAAGAUAGCACAGUACCUCCCGGGGAGGACUGAUAAUGAGAUAAAGAACUAUUGGAGGACUAGAGUGCAAAAGCAAGCCAAGCAGCUCAAUUGCGAUGUUGACAGCAAGAAGUUCAAAGACACCAUGCGUUACCUCUGGAUGCCUCGCCUCAUGGAACGGAUCCGGGCAGCCUCGGGCAGCUCCCUCCAAGGCCCCGAUCCCCAGCUGCCCGCCUGCCCGCCCGCAUCAAGCUCGACCGACUUGACCAGGAUGCAGUUCUCGUCACCGGUCGCCACGGACUCAUUUGUCGGUGAUUGCUGUUUUUCAGGCUGCAUUCCCGAUGGUGAGCUUAAUUUCGGUGACGGGAUCCAGGAGGCCCGGUUGGAAAUGGUCGAUGGAUGGUGUGAUAACGAGGGGCUGCUGGACUUUGAGCACGGUGGUGGGUGGGGGCAGAAUUCUUGGGGCUUGGAGGACAUUUGGUUCGUGGAACAGCAAAACUAAGAAUUAGAAUUCAAAAGUACUGAAAGAAAAUUACAGAGAAAAUAUUUAUUUUUAAGAGUAGUGCGAGUUAAGAACAAAAGGGGAAAAAUAGAAAAAAAAAAAGAUAAAAAGAGAUAUAUGCAGAGUUUAUCUUUUUUUUUCUUUUUUUCCUUUCUGCCAUUUGAUUUAUAUAAUCUCUUGAUUUCAUGAUAUGUGAGUGUAAUAUUUGUUUUAAGAUGUAACAGAACAAUGUUUUUAAAGUUUGUGACUUUUUAAUUAUAAUAAAUCUCAAUUGUUGUAAGAUUAUUUAUUAAUUAAUGUGAAAUCAAAAAAUAAUAAUAAUAAAUUAAAUAUAAAAAAUAAAAUAUGAUAAUUUAUGUGAUUUGAUAUUUGGUUUAUAUCUAUGGACGAAGAUAAAGAGAUUUCAC